AUGGCUCCCGCGCUCGCCCACCCCACUGGAGUCAACUUCAUCGACGACCAGCAGCGACACGUCCACAGCGACGCGAGCACUUACUACGGCGGCGAGGAGCGCUUCAGCCGUGGCCGGACUUACAGCGCAUCCUUCGCCCAUGGCUACAACCCAAAGCGGCCGCCCGUUUUCGGCGACGAGUGGCACCAACGCUCACGCCGAAUGUCCCACGACGAGAAGAGCUCCGCACCACGGCGUUUUUUGAUCGACGUCGAGGAGACCAUCCGCGUCGUCCUCGAGCAGGAGGACACCGACGGCGACUUCCAGAUCAGCGUUACGGACGCCGGUCCGAAGCUCAUGGCGCUGGGCACCGCAACGAGCAAUGGUUUCAAGAGCUUCGACGUGCGGGGGACCUACAUGCUCUCAAAUCUGCUUCAAGAGCUCGCGCUUGCGCGAGACCACGGACGGAAGCGAAUUGUGCUUGACGAGGCCCGUCUCACUGAGAACCCUGUCGACCGCCUCUCUCGCAUGAUCAAGCACUCGUUCUGGAACGCGCUCACUCGCCGGAUAGACGGAGAAGGCCUCGAAAUCAUCUGCGCAGAUCCCAAGAACCGGACAGGUCGCGUCAACCCGCGUAUAUACGUCCCGCAUGGAGAGCCAGCAAUGGCAGAAUAUUACCGGCAGGUCGCGAAGGAGAAGCCUCAUCUCAACCUCGACGUGCAAGUUUUGCCUCCAAAGCCUGACGACCCCGUGUUCGUGAAAAGCCUGAACAACAAGCCUGGUAUCCUGGCGCUCGCGAUGCAGGAGAUCGACAACGGCAAGGGCGACAAGGUGCUGAAGGGCAUCCCAUUCGUCGUUCCCGGCGCGCGUUUCAACGAGCUGUACAACUGGGAUUCAUACUUCAUUUCGCUGGGCCUCCUCGUUGACGGCUACGUAAACCUCGCGAAGGGCAUGGUCGAUCACUUCAUCUUUGAGAUCAAGCACUACGGCAAGAUCCUGAACGGCUCGCGGAGCUACUACUUGUGCCGGACGCAGCCGCCCUUCCUGACGGACAUGGCGCUGCAGAUCUACAACCAGCUCGACCGCUCGGACAUGGACGAGAACCGGCGGUGGCUGAAGCGCGCCAUUCAGGCCGCGAUCAAGGAGUACCACACGAUCUGGGUCGCGGAGCCGCGCAUGGACCCGAAGACAGGUCUCUCGCGCUUCCGCCCCGAUGGGCUCGGCAUUCCCCCCGAGACGGAGGCGACGCACUUCACGCACGUGCUCGAGCCCUAUGCGACGAAACACGGGCUGUCCGUGCUCGAGUUCAGCGAGCGGUACAACGACGGCACGAUCCACGAGCCCGCGCUCGACGAGUACUUCCUGCACGACCGUGCGGUGCGCGAGUCGGGCCACGACACGACCUACCGCUUCGAGAAGCGCUGCGCGAACCUCGGCACGAUCGACCUGCAGGCGCUGCUGUACAAGUACGAGGUCGACAUCGGGACCGCGAUCCGCGAGGUGUUCGACGAUGAGCUCGAGCUCGACGAGGACUUUGCGCUCACGCCGUGCCCGCCCACGCCCGAGUCGUACGCGGACCCGAGCCGCUGGGAGCGCUCGCGCUCGCGCAUGCAGAACAGCGAAGAGUGGUUCAAGCGCGCGGAGUGGCGGAAGAGCAUCAUCAACAAGUACUGCUGGAAUGAGAGCAAAGCGCUGUACUUCGACUACGACACUGUGCAGGAGAAGCAGAGCCUGUACGAGAGUGUCACCGCAUUCUGGGCGCUCUGGGCAGGAUGCGCGAGCGAGGAGCAGUGCUGGAAGCUUAUCUCGCAAUCGCUCAAGAAGUUCGAAGUACUCGGCGGACUUGUGUCGGGAACUGAGGAGUCUCGUGGCAAGAUUUCCCUUGACCGUCCUAACCGGCAAUGGGACUACCCGUACGUUCAGCCACCACACCAGAUCAUGGCUUGGGUCGGCCUUGAGCGGUAUGGAUACCUCGAAGAUGCUCAGCGUUUGGCUUACCGGUUCUUGUACAUGAUGACGACCGCUUUCGUUGACUUCAACGGCGUUGUCCCGGAGAAGUUCGAUGCAGUCAAGCUGUCUCACUUGGUCGAUGCCGAGUACGGUAACCAGGGAAUCGACUUCAAGAUGGUGCCAAGAGAAGGCUUCGGUUGGAUGAACGCCGCAUACCAAGUCGGUUGCACGUAUCUCUCCACCGGUAUGCGUCGCGCCAUCUCCACAUGCACGAGCCCCGAGGUGUUCUUCGGCCAAAGCGUUGAAGCCCAAGCCGCGCACGCCCAAGCAUACGCUCAGGCGACAAACGACCCGCUCGGGCUCGCCAUGGACACACUCCAGCUGUCGUCGCCCGUUAUGCAGCCCGCGAACUUCGGCUCCUACCCCUCUGACGCCCAACACGGCAAGAGUCAAUGAACGACGCGCUCCUCUUACCCUCCUCCCUAUCCCCUCGACACCACUGCACCCUCGACGGCGUCUUGUAAAAUAAUCCAGCGCCCGGCCGCACCUAAUACUGCCACGAGCAACGCCCCGCCCCCGGCCGCCCCGAUACUCCCGAUACAUACAUAUCCUGACGACUUGGAAACAUACCUCCCUUCCUAACGGACUCCCUUUCCAACUCUCACGCCCCUCUGACUCCUGCAGUUUGAUGAUGAUAGAGGAUAGAGUCUAGAGACCGCGUCGCCGUUGAUUUCCGCCUUCAUGUAUAACACCGAUACAGUCAUCGCAGUAGCGCACGAUGUAGAUAGUGGUUCCCGUCGUCUAGUCCAAGUUCUCGUCUUCG